UCGAGGCCAUGCUGAGCGUCGGGCUGCUCGUCUCCCCCGCGGCGUGGUGGUGGUGGUGGUGGUGGUGGUGUGUGGGCGGCGUGGCGGGCCUGGCGAGCGAGGGCCCCGUCACCCUCAGCACGCCCAGCGGAAAGCUUCGUGGGGAGCGCUACGUGCUGGAGGACGGCUCCAGGGGCGUCAGGUUCCUCGGCAUUCCCUACGCCAAGCCGCCGCUGGGACCGCUGCGCUUUGCCGCCCCCGAGAGAGCCGAGGCGUGGGAGGGGGUGAGGGACGCCCGCCACUUCGGCCCGAUGUGCUACCAGCCGCUGGAGAACGAAGUAUGGGACCUGGUGGAGAGCGAGGUGGAUUUGGUGCAGUACGAGAACCAGCUCCGCGCGGCGCUGGCGAGGGAGCUGGGCGGCGAGCUGUACGAGGAGGAGAUGGAGGAGGUGGAGGACAUGGCGAGGAAGAACGUGGAGAACGCGCACAGGCUCAAGAAGAAGAGGAAAGAACAGGAGAAGGAGGAGAAGUGCCGGGGCGCGGGCCGAGGCAUGAAGGAGUGCAUGGGAUGGGACCUGGAAUACAUUGAGGACAACGAGGAGGCGGAGGAGGAUAUGCCCGAGGAGGGGGUGGAGGUGGUGACACAGAUGGAUGCAGUGUUCAGGACGAGAGUGCCGGCUGGUGGUGGUGGUGGUGAUGACAGUGGUGGUGACAGUGGUGUUGGUGAGCCCCUUGUCCCCAUAGAAAAGGACAAGAAAACCUCAAACAGACACAGUGUAAGCGAAGACAGACUCAAGAAUUUGUCGCGGGCGAAGAGGCGAAACAAGAGGGGACGAGAAUGGAAGAAGAAAAAGAAGAUGAAGGAGGAGGCUUUCAGGAAGAAGAAGGAAAGGAGGAGAGGUACCCAGAGGAGGAGACUGAACGCAGAAGCAAUAAAACAGAAGGAGGAGGAGGAGGAGGAGGAGGAAAAAGAAGAGAAGAACUAUAGCUACAUGAAGGAGAGGAAAAACGCGAGAAAGGACAGAAGGAGAGACGCCAGGAAAAGGAGGUUGAGUGGGGAAGGAAGGAAGGAGGAGGAGGAGGGAGAGGAGGGGGACCGAGACUAUCUUUACAUGAAGGAGAAAAGCAUGAGCGAAUACCACAUGUCGGAGGACUGUCUCACCCUCAACGUGUACACCCCGCUCCUAGAAGGAGAAAGAGGAGGAGGAGGCAAUGGAGGGCCGCGGAGGAGGAGGAUGAACGCCUCUCUCCCCCUCGUUCUCUACAUCCACGGAGGGUCCUUCUACUCCAACGGGGGACGCCUUUACCCCGGGGAGAAGCUGGCGUCCCUGGGGCUGGUCGUGGUCACCAUCAACUAUAGGCUGGGGCCCUUCGGGUUCCUGUCCACGGGGGACGAGGCCGCACGGGGUAACUGGGGGCUGCUGGAUCAACGCCUUGCCCUGCUCUGGACACGCCGCCACGCCCGGUCCUUCGGUGCCUCCCUCAGUAAGGUCCUGCUGCUGGGGAACUCCGCCGGGGCAGCCUCGGUCAUCCUGCACCUGGUGUCGCCUCUGUCCAGCGGCCUGUUCACCCGCGCCGUCGCCCUCUCCGGCUGUGCCCUUGCCCCGUGGUCGCUGCAAAGUCGGCCGCUGCACUUCGCCCAAAAGCUCGCGACGGACGUGGGCUGCACUCAGAGCGACACGCGGGCCAUGGUGGGCUGCCUCAGGAACACGGACGCGGACUCCAUCAACAAGGUUUACGGCGAGAAGUACGUGCAAGACGGACUCUGGCUGGCCUUCGCCCCCGUGGUGGAGGGCGAGCAGCCCGGAGCCUUCCUGCCGCAGCAACCCCGCAGACUUAUGGAGCAGGGCCACCUCACGCCCGUGCCGCUGGUCAUGACCCUCACGCGGGACGAGGUCACCAUCUGGUUCAGUAAGACAGGGCAGAGCGACAUCACCCUGGAGGACGCCGAGAAGUGGAUCGACAUGCUCAUGCGCCAGAAGUACCCGGCGCUGGAGCCUCUCGCCCUGGCCGCUGUGAUGCAUGUGGUGCGCGCCUCCUACCUCUACGCCCGCGGACACCUGGCCAACUCCACCGCUACCACCACCGCCACUCCCAGCACCACCAUUGAUAGCAGUAACAGUAGUAGCAGCAACACCAACACCACUGAAGCUUCAAGUCGAUCCAUGGCCCUUACCAGAGUCGUGGCCGAUCUGAUCUCAGACCUUGGCCUUCGCGUGCCCUGCGUGGAGGAGGCGAGGGUGCUGAGCCGCUGGACCACCAUCUACCUCGCAGAGUUCUCCUACUCCUCGCAGGACGACGUGCGUGUGGGCGGCCAGGAGUGGAUAGGGUCCUACCACGAGAGCGAGCUGCAGUUUGUGUUCGGUCUUCCCUUCCUGGGCCUGGUCAACACCCUCAGGAACACCGAGGACCGCACCGUCGCCGCCACCUUCAUGCAGCUCCUGGGCUCCUUCGCGCACACGGGCGUGCCCAACGUGUCUGGGGUGGAGUGGCCCGCCUACAACCAGUCACACUUGGUCCACCUGCAGAUGAGUGACAGUUUGAGUCUGGGAUACAACCUCGUGCAGCCAAGGUUGUGUUUCUGGGAGGAGCUGAUCCCCCUCCUGACGCUGUGGCCCAUCACCCCUCCCAAGAACGACCCCAGCGGCACCUCCUCCCUCACCCCGCCUCUCCCGCCCUCCUCCCUCACCUUCCUCCUCCUCCUCCUCCUUCUCCUCCACCUCCGACACCACCUCACCUAGUCCUGUUUUUCUCCUUUUCUUGAUUUUUUCUUUCUUUUUCCUUUUAUUUUUUUCUUUCUUUUUUGUUGUAGUUUUUUGUAGGUUUGUUCAUCUCUCUCUCUCUCUCUCUCUCUCUCUCUCUCUCUCAAAAACACACACACUCGAUCAUGUUUGCGUCUCUUUAGUUGAUUCACAGAAAAUAUAAGAUCUGUCUCUUUGAGGAGGUGUCGGCACGGUGAACUGAGGGGCGGAGGAAGAGCAUCUUAUGGCUGGUGUAAAUACUGCUAUCAAGGUACAAGAAACUAUAUAUACUGUCGGUGUUCUAAAUGGUGUUCUUGGUGUCCGGAGAAGAUAGUUUUAUAGAAGCGUGGAGCUUAAUGUGUUGAGAGUAUGUUGUGUAUAGGUUUACAUUAGUGUUGUAAAGUGUGCACCGACCUGGGUCACAUGACGUCCCUUACCCCAAUACCUCACGCGGUUUAGCCUAUUGGUGUGUCUUGUCGAUGAAGGUGUACACUCCGUGUUCCGACCUGAAGAACAUCACAAAAUGUACCACUGUCGAGGCGAGGUGUUCUGUCAUGGCUUUCUUUGCGCCGCAGCAUUAUUUUACAAGAAUGAAUGACGUGCAGUAAUUACAUUUGUAUGGCGUAAUAUGAUGCGUUCAAACAAGGUUUUUUUAAUAUCUCGGGCGCCUGAUACUGAACGGAGUGCAUUAGUUAGCGAUACAAUGCCUAACACAUCACGCGUUAGAACUGCCACUGAGGUGAUUGCCGCGGGUCUCUGCUUAGGAACCUCGUGUGGACUAUAAUUAUGUGUCACGGUGACCCUGAAUUCCUGUACAGAAUCCUUUAUUCUUCCUUCACGACCCAAGGAGCUUUGGGCAGGGCACCGCUGCCAAAAGAUAUCAGCUGUGCAUGUCUUGUAUGGUCUCAGGCUGGAAGCAACGUAAACAUCACCGCCUGAAGCCUACAGACCAUGUACAGAAACUUUAAUCUCUGGUUCAUUACCCUGAGCCCAGGACACAUGGCAGGGCACUGCUGUAUCACUCCCUUAUAUAGAACAAGACUCUCAAGGUGUCUGCGGGUAGUGUCUGAAUGGUUUGUGUCUAGGAGAGAUCAUGAGAGAUCCUAAACUUUGUACAUACUAUUUUUUCUCCUUCGUUCACAACCAGGGGACUUAGGGCUGGGAGCCGCUGUGUUGAGUUCCAUUGGUGUGAACGUCUGACUGGUCUGUGUUUAGGAACAUGGUAUAGGUGUCACAAAGGGCCCAGAAUAUUAUGUACAUAAAGCUUAUCAUUCGUUCGAAACUCUGUAUGCGUAACGCCUUAAGGGCCAUCAUACGAUUCAUGGGCACUUGUGAUGAAGCAUGGUGAUGGAGGAGACGUGGACAGUGAUCAUGUAGACAUGUGGAGCUCCAGCACUAUACUUGCAUGCCCUCAUUCCAGGCAUUCUAGCGUGCUUCGUCACCAAACUUCAUGACUAAUGUUUAGCGUGUUCGGCUCCUCGUGUGUUCACAGAUUGUUUGAGUGGAGUUUCAGGGACUGGCAGGGCAUCGCUGUAUUGAGCCCUGCCACUGAUGCACAGACGCACGGCGCUGCCCUCAAGCGACGCUCCCCACGCCGCAGUGCUGUGUUUCCACCAGCGGCUCGGCAAUGCCACGGCUGCCCCGCCUUGCCUGGCUCACUCCUGCACAGCCACUCUUUUCUUGCCACCGCUGACGGGUAUACACGGUGUACGACCAGCGCCUCAACUUCAGCCCAAGGUGUCACCACGCAGCACACAGCACUCAGUCCAUGCCACCGCCAUCGUAGUGAAGCUGGUCGUUGUGGGCAAGACUGGAGGCACAAUCUCCUCCCUCCUGUCCCGCACUACAGAUGAGAGGAGGCUGGUGGCAUUAUCGACUCGUGCAGCAAUGACCACUGCAAUGCCCUCUACAAAAACUUGUGAAAGGAUUGAAUUACAACUCCAAUCAAACCUUCUUUCUUUAAUAGGAAUUAUAGAAGUGAGAGGAUUGCAGUUUGAGUAUAAACUUUUUUUUUUACAGGAAUUUCAAUAAUAGGAACAUCUAGCAGAAAUUUGGGAAGUGAUAAAAUUUCAGCUACAGAUUAUUUGAUUUCUAUAACACUAAUUUCCCCAACAAAAAUUAUAACUAAUGUCUAAUUUGAUUCUUAAAACUUGUAUCUCUAUAACAGGAAUGUCUACAGCGGGAAUUUUGUAAGCGAUUAAAACUAUCGUCUGCUUAAUCAUCCAUAACAGGAGUUUGGGAAAAGAUCAACUCACUUUUCUUACCUAAUUGUUUUUAUAUGAUGGGAGUUGAAGUCAAACAUCACACACAUGCCCAUCCACUGUAAAUAGUGACUCUGUAAAUUUGUAUGUACGAUUACUAUGCUGUACUAUGCAUAUGCCACAGUAUUAGACUAUAAUACAUCAUUACUACCUAUCACCUUG